AUGGACUAGGAUGAAACUUGGGGAAGUUUGUAGUAAAUUAUUCAAGAGGAUGAAAAUUAAAAUAACGUCCGACAAGGUGAUAUUAUUUAUUUAAAAUCGUAUUUACCAGAUGAUAAUAAGGGUCUUAUUUCUGGAGAGGGAUUUGCAGCAAACAAGUUGGAGUGUCUUCUCCUCUAAAAAUCUUCAAAUGACUACUACAAUUCAAAUGAAUUUUUGGCCAAUAAGCAAAUAGAUAGUUUGGUUAAUAAACAAGCUGAAUGGAAUAUAUUCAAAUGCUUAUUCAGAAUUCUGGAUAGCAAUCGCUCCAUUUAUGAGUAAGCGAAAAGUGAAAUCGUUUCUGACGAAUAAAAAGGAAAUGAGGAGCAGAACGAAAGCGAAAAGAAUAUCAUUUAUGGUUAAGAAAUACAAUUACUACACUUGUAUUCUAAAUGUUUCUUAACUCUCAACAGUUAAGUCUUAGCAAAAGAAAACUGUUGUCGUGAACUUAGAUUAGAAUAGAGUAUUACCUCAAAUUCUAAUUUUAUGCUCUCAUCUAAUACAAAAAGCUAUGGCGAACCAGUUUUGUUUGGAGACAUUUUAUAUUUAAAGAGCAGUGUAGUUCACCUGAAUAAGUGGGGAUUAGGUAUUUAAUAAACAAGUCCUUAUUCUGAAGUUCAUGCCUCUUAAAUAGCUUCAACAUUGAGAAUAUGUAACUAUGCAGAAAAUGAGAAUGAAAAUGUUAUAAUGAACGGGGAUAUUAUUGUAUUUAAGAAUAGACUAUUGGGGGGAUAUUUAAGUAUUAAAAGAUAAUUCUCAUCAACAAAGUUAAUGCAAUAAAGAUAAAUCUAUAAAAAAAAAGAUUAGCCGUUAGAAUAGAAUUCAAUUAAUUUAUCAGAACUAAGAAAAUAAGAAAACUUAGAUUAGAUGUUUCAUAUCACAUUGGAAAGUGAGUUGUAAUUAAAUUCCUUGUGGUAGUUAAUAGGUCUUACUAGUUAAUCUGCUCAACUAUAAAAUAACAAAAAGGAAAAGAGUAGAGUUCAAAAAAGCUAUUUGAUUAAAAAUGUCUUAACUGGAACAUUUUUAUAUUUAGAAAACGAAUAAUUACAUGCCUCAUAUGAUCGUCUACAACAGAAGUUUGAAUUUUAAAUAAGAAACUUAUAGAAAACAGAAUAAUAGAUUAAUUUAGGCGAAUUUUAUAGAAUUUUGAGAAUACAAGAAAAUCAAUAAUUAUCAUAAUUCUAAACCUAUGCGAUUUAAUGUAAUAAUUUUAAUGAAGUAAACAUAACUACCAAUUGUCAAAAAACCUAAUACGAUUAAUAACUCUUCAAAGUUGCAAGAGGUCCUUAUCAAGAUGCUAUGGCUGCUAAUAAAAUAUAAUCAUUUUACUUUGGUAUUGUUGAGUUUUACAUAUUCUUACAAGAUUGGGCUUUAGAUAGAGAAUUAAAAUAUUAAUAUAAUAUAGCAUUUUAGAAUUAAAAAUAAUUGCAAGAUGAAAUCAAUUAAUUUGAAAAGCUGUUAUAAAAUAUGAAUUUAUUUUUAACUUAAGAAAAUUCAAUACAAGAAACAAAAUAAUGUCAAUUUAAUUUGUGCUAGUAUGAUGUUUUAGAUUUACUCAUCAAAUUACAAUAAUUGGUAAAUUUGAUUUCCACUCAAGAAAAUAAAUGGGAAUCUUCUUUUAGCGAUAAAACAGCGUAGAGAAUUGCUAGGUAAAAAUUUGAUCCUGUUGCAUCUAUUAAAAAGAAGAAACAAUUUAAUUUGAUUGAAGAAAUUUAUUCAACGAUAUAUUAAAUCAUAUUGGAUAAUUAUGAUUGCUGCAAUUAUGUAAUUCAAGAGGAUUCCAUAAUAGACUUUCUUUUUAGUCAAUUAAAUCAAUUUAGAGAAUAGAUCGAAAAAAUGUUUAAGUAAAUAGUUUCAAAGGCUAAGUAUAAUCCCAUAAUUGCUAAAAAAUGGAUAAAUAGAAUAUCAAUGAUUACAGAGGAGAAUUUAGAAGAUUAAAUGUUUAUAAUAACAAUCAUUAAUUUAUUUAUUUCAUCAAAUUAUCACAUCAGUGUAGAAUGUCAAAAUUUAUGUAGAAAGAAUCUCUUUUCUAACAAUAAAUGCAAAUUAAUAAAAUGUCUCAUAAUAAAUGAAAUACCUGUAAUUCAAUUAGAAGCAGAUGCUAAAACUUUUGAGAAGAAUAACAAAAGGUUUUGUGACAAUCAUCAUGAUCAUUAUUAAAACUUAAAAUAAAAUCAAAUAGCACUUGAGUAUUUCAUGAAACAUGAUUAAUUAAGGUAGUAUCAUAUAUAUGAACAAUAUCUACUAAAUUUAUUGAAUUUAUAUGCAAAGAUGUGUAGAGGUAGGAAUUUCAAGAAUAUGAACUUGAUUAAGAAUGUGGCAGGUAUCAAUCAAUAGUUCUUUGAUUCGAUAAUAAAGUCAAAGCAUAGUUUACAAUGCAAAUAAGUUAUUAUUGAACUGUUUUCAUCCUUAUAUUUAGAUAUUGAUCCUUUGACUAAGAUUUCAAUUUUUGAGAAUACUUGUUACCUUAGAUAGGCUUUAGGUGAUUUUGAUAAAGAAUUAGAAUCAGGCAGGUACUUUUAUGAGAAUAUUUCCUCCAAUAUACUCAAGUAAACAGAUUCAUAUCAAAACUUUUAAUAAGAUACCGUGAGAACUCAAGAGAAUAUGAAGGAACUCCUACUUCUGAAAUCCUUUUCAUCACAUAUUAUUACGAAUUAAAAAUAUCACGAAUAUUUUAUCAACUUAUUUUUACAAUAAGAAUACCCAACUAUUUUAACAGAAGAUUCUAAUAGUUCACUCAAAUACAAAGAAAUUUCUAAGGUUUAAAUAAGAUUCUUUUUAAGUGUAAUACGUAUCAUCAAAGACUCGAUUGAUUUAGGAUACAAUACAUUGAAUAAAAAUAGAGAAAUAUAAGAAACUUUGCCAAACAUAUUUUUUGUUUUGAUUAUUCAAUUAAAUAAUAAUUUUAAGACAUUUGAAUUUCAAGAAGAUAAUGCCUUCAAUCUAAAUUUAAAAAAUAUGCAAUAUACUAAAAGUAAAUUAAUUUCAGAAUAGUUUGAAAAAUUUAAUUUAAAAUUCAACUAAUCCUGGAUUUCAGAUUUCCUAUUAUGGACUACAUCGACAUGCAAUGAUUAAGAUUUGAUAGAAUAGAUAUUCUAAGAAGCAUUAAAUAUCUAUUAAGUAUUAUUUUAUUUGUCAGCUAAUUUAUAAGUCUUACAAUACGUAACUUAAAAAGAGAGCUCAUUGAAUGAAUUAUUUGCAAGCCAUAAUUCUAUACUAUUUCAUUGUUUGUUUGGAACCAUGAAAUUACCAAAUCUCAAUAAUGAAAUCUUAUAAUACCUCAUCUUAAGUUUUAAUAAUUAGUAGUACGAUCUUUAAGAAAUUAAAGAAGUGGAAAUCCUUGAUGAUGAAAUAGAACGUAAAUAUUUUGGAAUUGUAAAUGGACAUUAUGAGGCACAAGGUGACUAAGGGCCAAAAGAAAUAUAAUAAUAUGUUAAGUAAGCAGUAAAGUACGUGUAGAUUGAUUAAUAAAAUAAUAAGAAAAUAGAUGAAUUUUAAAAAUCAUUCCUAAAAAUCUCUUAAUAUAUCUAGAAAAUAAAUUCAUUAUUUGAAAGUAUCAGAAAUUAUAAUCAGUCUUAUACUAAAUCCCUUUAAAACAUGAUUAGAAACGCAGGAAUACAUCUUAUUUUUAUUGAAUUCUUUAUCAGUUCAGAUGAAAUUAUUGAGGAUGAACAUGUUGUAUAUUUUUAUAGAAGCUUUUUAAAAUUUUGGGAGAACUUUAUUAAAGAUAAUUAGACAAAUUUUCAGAUAUUAAUGCCACAAUUAGACCAUCUAUUAAAAAUCAUAUUAUUGCCAUAACCCUAACGUGAUAAUUUUUUAUACAAAUCUUUAUAAAUCUCUAAACUGCAACUUUAGAGUGCAUCACAUUCCAUUAUAGAUAUAAUUAUGAAUAUUUCUAAAUCGCUCAAUUUAAAUGAAAAUCUAAUUCAUAUUAGAGCAGGCAAAUAAUAUCUGAAGAUCUUAUAAAGAUUUACAAAAACUGCUUCAAAACCUAAGUUUAAUCAUUUAAGUAAUUAAAAGCAAAUCCUACAUUUAAUUCUUCAAAAUUUCAGGAAUCUUAUAGAUCCUUUACAGUAUUUUGAAGACAAAAUUCAAAAAGAUAAACAAGUCUAAUCUAGUGUUCUUCGAUAUUAUUAACUUAAACUUCAUUCAGCAGCUCUAAAUCUAAUUUCGGAAACUUGUCAAAAUUAUUAUUUAGGAAUAUCUGAAACCCAGAGAAUUUUACUAUUUGAAUAAUUAACAUCAGUAUUGUAGAAUGAACCUUAUAUUGUUAAGGGUGCUUAUUUAAAAUGCAUCUUUGAAUUAUAUGUGAAUUUUGCUAAAUCAAAUAAUCUAAUAGGAGAUCUUAUAGAUAAUUAUCAACUCAAAGAGUUGUUCACUUCUGUUAUUAUUCCAGAUUUGCAAUUAAUGUAACAAUUUUAAAAAAGCCAUAAUUUAGGAAAUUCAAUAUUGCUUAACAACAAGGAAUACUGGAAAUAUAUCCUUUAUGUGUUUGAAUUUUUGAUAUCUGUCAUUGAUGAAUUCAGACUUCUAGAAAGAUAAAACGAAUGCAAUUUUAUUGAAGAGUAUACUUAGAUACUCACUUUGAUUAAGGGAAUAUUGCUCAAUACUUCUAAUCCACUGAUCUAAGAAAAAAGAGAAUAUAUAUAAUAGAUAUCUGAGAUCAUUGAAUUAUUUCUAAAGAAUCUUUAUGAUUUCAAUCUUUAAAAUAGAUUACAAAUUUUCUGUAUAAGAUAAAAAAUGUCACUCCAAGAUUUAAUAGAUCAUGUAGAAUAAUUGAAUUAGAGGGAUAGAGUAUUAAAGCUAAAGGAGAUUUGUAAUCAAAAUCACAAGACUUACAUAAAAUAAGAAGAUCUUAUCGGUUUCAGGACUAAUAAGGUUUCUCAGUAUUAAAGUUCUGAGAAUUGGAUUGAUUUUAAAAAGGCCUUUCAUACCUAAAAUGAAUUCAAUGAAAUUACAACUUAAGCAUAAGAUAGAUUGAGAGAAGAACUUAACUUAUAGAUUUUAAAGGAAGAUUUUCAAAAGAAAAAAGAAGAAGAAAUCAAAAAGUUAUUCGUCAAAAAGAAAUGUCAAGGGGAAAUUUAAAAUCCUUUGUCAGAAGAUGUACAAAUUUUAUUCUUUUUACAUGACUUAUCUUAACAGGCAAAUGGCUUACUUUAAGAUGAUAAAUUUAAGGAGUUUAUAAUUAAAUGCAAGUAAAUAUUUUCAUAAUAUCCUCAAUAUUUAAUUAAGUUAUGUAAAAUAUUUUUAGAAAUGAAAAAGCCAGCUAAGACUUACAUAAAUCAAGGGGAACUUGAUGAUGAUGAUGAUGAUAUUAAGGAAAAUGAAAAUAAAUAGGGUUAGUUGAAUACUCUUGAAUAAUAUACAAUAUACCAAAAUGUAAUAUCUGAAAAUGAUAUUCAUGUUAUCGCAAUAGAGUAACUAAAUCAUUAAAAUCCAAAUGAAUAACUUGAUUCCUUAACAUUGUUACAUCUUUUAUUAGACUUUGGUAAUACGUAAGUGCAACAGAGAUUUUAUACUCUUUUAUAGAAUCAUAAGAAGCAUAAGAAAAUCUUCAUUCAAUUCUUUAGGGAUUUUUAUAGUACUGAUGUGAGUAUAAAAUUAGAAGAAUUAAGUACAUCAAAGAAUUCAGACUAUUUAAAUAUAUGUAUUAAGGUGCUACAAGUCUUAUAGGGAUUAUGUGAAAAUGUUCAUAUAGAGUUCUAAAAGUUUUUGAGAAUACAAAAUUAACAAGAUUCGAUUACGAAUAAUUUUAAUUUUGUUUUAGAAACUACCAAUCUAUUAGUGAAUUUUUUAUCUGAUAAAUCUGUAGAGAAUUCUAAGAAAUGGGAUUUGUAUUAACAGGGAUUACUCAGUUUAAUAGAGUUUUCAACUGGUCUUAACGAAAAUAAAAAAGAAAUCACAAAGAAUUCUCGAUUAUUCUCUGGAUUUAAUGAAUUAUUCGAUCAUUCAGAUUUAGACACAGCAUUAAUUCCUUCCUCAAAAAAAGUGUAAAACGUCUACUUUUAAUUAUUGUAAACUCUCUACAUUUAUAUUUAAUUACUGAUAUCCUUAUUGGAAGGUAAUGCCAAUGAAAAUAAACAAGUGUAUAAAUUUUUAUUGGAAAAUUUAAAUAAUGAAUUCCUUAUGUCAUUAGCAAAAAAAAUAUAUAAUUGUAGAAUCUUUCCUAAAAAAUCAGUGAUAUGCGUUGACAAAUAUUGCAAAUUACCAUGCUAUGACAAUUUAUGUAAUAAAAGUUUCUGCGUUAAUGGUUAUAAAACAAGGGAAGAUUCUCUAUUAAUUGAGACUGGCCUAAAUAUCUUUAUUAUCGGUCUAAAACUAUCAAAUUAUAGUAAUGAUUAAAAAUUUAAAAUAUUCUAAUUUGAGAGCAUGACCAUAGAAAAGGAUUUGAUCCAAGAAGAUCAAUUGUACUAAGACAUAAGCCUAAGAAAUGUUAUUGAAAAAACAUUUUCUAUAAGUCAACAUCCUGAGUAUUAUUAAAAAGUAGUUGAUACUUAGUUAGUGAAUAAUGAUUUAUUUGAUGAAGUUAAUGAAGAAAAAUAAAAUACAUCAGCUAAACUAGUUUAAGUAUCUAGGGAAGAUGAAUUCUUUUUGUUCUAUAGGGAAUUCAUUGGAAGGAUUGAAGUAGUUAACUAAUUUGGUUAAAUAGAGAGAAUUCUAUUUCAAAAACCAUUUGUUUGCAAGUAUAUGACAGAAAAUAUUAAAUUAAAUUUGAUUUAUGAAUCUAAUAGAGAAACAGAUGAAGAUAGAAUUACAAGUUUUUUGGAAAAUAUCGGCUUUUAUCAUUCUUAAAUGGCUCAUUAUCAAAAUGUCAGUACUAUUCCUAUAAUGCAUUUCGGUUAAAAGCAUUGGAGAACUUUAAAAGAUGUAUCUUAUAUUCUUUGUGUUGUUAUUGUGCUAUUCUUUAUUCUAAUGCCAGAUAAUAUAGCAGAUGGAAACUUGGUUGAAGGUGAUAAUGAAGAAGACGAAAUAAUUACUGAUUCAAAAAAAGUACAAGUAGUAUUGUAUUUAAAUAAUAUUAUUACUGUAAUUUAAUUAAUAUUGAAUUUAAUUAUUAUUAUCUUUUGUGCAAUUGAGCGAUACCCAAUUGCAGUUAAUUUUAGAAGAGGAGAAACUAAUGUGAAACAAAUCCAGAAUCUCAAAAUAGAGGCUGGAUUUAAGAUUCCAGAAUAUAAAAAGAAAUACUAUGAAUUUGUAGGAUAUAUGGAGAAUAAUUUUGAAUAAUAAUAAGUCAGAAAAAAUCCAUUAAGGAAAAUAAUUGUAUUAUUAUUGAUAGAUUUCGAUAAUUUAUAUAAUCUUAUAAUAUUUGGAAUUACUGCCAUUGCCUUCUUUAACAACUAUGUUUAUGCAAUUUUAUUAUUAGAUAUUGUAAAAAGAUCAGAGGUUUUGUAGAAUAUCAUUAAAGCUUUUACUGAAAACACAAAAAAUCUAUUAAUAUUUGGACUAUUAGGACUUAUUGGAUUGGUCUUAUAUGGAUUUUUAAUAAAAAUAUCAUUUAGUGGGGAUUUCAAGGAUGAAACAAAAUUCGCUUAAGAUUCAUUAGGUUACUCUAUAGCACAUGUCAUUAAUUUUGGUUUAAGAAAUGGUGGCGGUAUAGGUGAUACUCUCUCUGAUUAUGCUGAUCCAUUUGAAGAACCAGCUAAAUAUUGGAAGAGAUAUUUCUUUGACCUCACCUUCUUCAUAAUCUUUAAUAUCUUGUUUUUAUAAAUGAUUUUCGGUAUCAUAGUGGAUAAGUUUGGUGAACUGCGUGAUGAGAGGCAGGAACUUUUGAAAGAUAUACAAGGAAAAUGUUUUAUUUGUAGUCUCGAAAGAAAUGAGAUUGAUUCUAAAACAAAAAAUGGUUGGUAUUAGCAUAUUUAUUUGGAGCAUAAUGUAUAUCAUAUGCUAUUUUACCUAAUAUAUAUUAAAAAAAAGCCAAUCACAGAGUGCAACUAAUUGGAAAAGUAUAUUAAAGAUUAAAUGGAAAAUAAAUUGUCUGAGUUUCUUCCCGUUAAAUUGACAUAUGAACUUCAAAACCAACAAAAAUAAUAAUAACAAUGA